ACAACUCACACUCCUUUCACUUCCCACAUGCUUCUUCCUCGACUUGCGCGAACAUCUUAUAUUCUUCCUCGGAUCUCAGCAUUUAUUCCAUAUCAUCGCGCAUACACAAUGGCACCAGUCCCUUCAGACCUCCGCCCAGUCGUGAUCUCCGGCCCCUCAGGCGUAGGAAAAGGCACACUCUAUAAACUCCUCCUCGAACGCCACCCCUCCCUCUUCGCAACCUCCGUCUCGCACACGACGCGGUCCCCGCGUCCCGGAGAGAAAGAAGGUGUAGACUACUACUACAUCUCCAUGGCCGAAUUCGAGAAGAUGAUCGCCGACAACGCGUUUGUGGAGAACGCCAAGUUUGGGGACAAUAGAUAUGGGACCAGCAAGAUGACCAUUGAGAACCUGACCAAGAGCGGCAGAGUCGUAGUUUUGGAUAUUGAGAUGGAGGGCGUCAAACAAAUCAAGAAAUCCUCCAUCGAAGCACGCUUCGUAUUCAUCUCCCCACCAUCAAUGAGCAUCCUCGAAUCCAGACUUCGUGGCCGAGGAACAGAGAAGGAAGAAUCGAUCCAGAAACGUUUGGCACAGGCUGAGAAUGAGAUGGCGUAUUCGAAGACACCUAAUGCACACGAUUUGAUCAUUGUGAAUGAUGAUUUAGAGAAGGCGUAUCAAGAUCUGGAGAGCUUCAUAUUUAAGAAGCGGACACAAGAUCAAGAAGCAGGUGAUGCGAGUUCGGCGGGAGUUAGUGUACAGGAUUGAGUUGUCAGCAUGUAGCUGUCGUACUUUAAGUUGGAGUGCAUGGGGUACAAAAAGUUUAGCAUUGCAGAUAGAGUGUCAAGAGACAUGGCAUGGUUCAGUCACUGCACAUACAUAGAAGCAUAGAAGACACACGAGAGUCUAGAGUUCGAAGCUUGAUGCUCUAAAUCUACAUUCCC